GUAUUACGUUAGCGUUACAUUUGCUGACGCUUUCAUCCAAAAGCAACUUUGAUGAAGUUACUCCAACAUGUUGGUACCCAGUACAACCCGGCCGGGCUUUAUUAUCGAAUGCAUUAGUUUCAAUGUGCUAAAUGAACUAAUCUGGUCUUUCAAACUACCAAAUUAAGGCAACAAGUCACGGAUGGAGCGCCUUUCCUCGGGAUGAAUAUAUGGGUAUCUUAUUUUGUCCCAGGCCAAAUUAAUCGAGUUGAUUCAACAACAACAAAAGUCCCAGGCUGACGAGCCGAACGCCGACCAUCCAUCUGAGCAAACAUGGCGGAUGACAAGAAUCCUCUGAAACAGUUAAAAGACUUGACGAGGCUCAAAAAUCAGCUGGAGGCGAUCCAGAGGCGCGUGGAGAACGAUGUUUCUGUAGGAAUCCCUCAGGGAGACUCAGUGUUGGGAUCGCCAUUUCUGAAAGGCUUUCUGGCCGGCUAUGUGGUGGCCAAGCUACGCUCCUCUGCCUUUCUGGGAGUGCUGCUGGGAACAGUCACUGGCAUUUACGCGGCACAGAACUACCAAGUGCCCAACGUUGAAAGGACUUUGAAAGAAUUUAUUAACAGCUGUAAAAAAGGGCCAAAAUGAUUCGGGCUGACUG